AAAACAACUGGAACGCUUAUCCCCACUGCCGUAUUUACCAGGCUCGUCCGAGAAGUUUGUAGUGAUGUACUUAGGGAGCUUAAGUGGCGGCGCGAGGCGAUAAACAUCCUCCAGGAGGCUGCAGAGGCCUUUCUUGUUACUCUAUUCGAAGCCACGAACUUAGCUGCAAUCUAUGCUAAGCGCGUCACUAUCAUGAAAAAGGACAUUGAACAUGUCAUUCGCGUGACGAGCACGAUGGGCGGUUAUCACACCGUUUGCCAGAAUAUCAUGACUGGCAAGGCGUAG